AUGCCCGCCAAAAAAGCCACCACGAAGCCGCCUGGUCCUGCAGGCAAAAAGCCAGCAGCCUCUGGGCUAACACGCAUCUACCUGUUCCUCUACAACCUCGUCAGCCUGGGAUUAUGGGGAUCCUGCACCCUGCGCGCCGCGCUGCUCAUCCCGCAACACCUAGAGCAACACGGCACACUCUCCGCAAUCUUUGCGCAGGCUUUCCCUCUACUUGCGCUCACGCAGUCGCUCGCCGCGCUCGAAGUCGUGCACUCGUUGGUCGGUCUUGUGCGUGCCCCCGUCAUGACGACUGCGAUGCAGGUGGCAUCCCGGUUUUUGGUGGUUUGGGGCGUUAUGUUUGCGUUCCAUGAGGGUUCGGAGUAUGUGCCCCGUGGUGCUGGUAUUCUGGGUGCUGCGGGGCCAGACACUCAGUACGGGGAUUAUGGGUUUUUGGGGUGUAUGUUUGCUUGGGGUAUUACCGAGUGUAUUCGAUAUGGGUUCUUCGCUAUGCAGUUGGCUGGUGUUGGUGUUCCUGGAUUCUGGCUGUGGCUUCGCUACAACACCUUCUUCGUCCUCUAUCCUAUUGGAAUCUCGUCUGAGUGUGCACUCAUGUACCUUGGCCUGGAACCCGCUGCUCAGUAUGUGAGUGAGUACUAUCAGUGGUUUCUGAUCGCCAUGUUGGGGGUUUAUGUCCCGGGAAGCUACGUUCUCUACACUCACAUGAUGACACAGAGACGAAAGGUGAUGCGUGGGAAGAGCCGUGUUGAUUAG